CGGACAAAAUGAACGAAAGUUUAGGUCAAAUUUUGUGGUCAAAAAUGCAUGAAAUUACCACACAAUCUACUGUACAACAUUUCUUUAAGUCUAUAAAGGUUUGGAUUGAAAAGCCACAUGUUGUUAAUAGGCGAUUGAGCGGUUCUUUGACUCUUAGGAAUACCUUUUUGUCACGUUCAUUUUGUAAGGAACUGAUGGCAUUUGUGAUGUCUGACUGUAGCAUAGGAUCGUGCGAUGUUUGUACUAAAAUCGAUGGAUAUUCAAACACUGAUGGUGCAGUUGGGGAAAGUAAUCCAAUUGAUGAAAACAGCUCAAUUGAAAUAAUACUAAGGAGGUUGCUUCCUCGUUUAAUGGCUAAAAGCGAUAGACUUGUGGAGCUUGUUCUUGUAGACAAGAUAAAAAAAGAGGUUUUAUUCAUGCCGGUAUGCACUGAGAAGCCUGAGAAAGAAGCCUUCAAUGAUGGUCAGCAAAACAACCAUACAGAAGUGAUGCCAUAUAAAAUUUCAUACUUGCAGUAUUCUGACACUGAUAUUAGCAUUACAUUGCACAUUUCUGAGAAUGCAUUGGCAAGAUUCCCAUCAGAUAAUAAAGGAGGUGAUGGCAUUGUCUGUCCAUCAAUCAAAUGGCUUAGGGAUCAGCUUUUACCAAAACUGAACAAGUGGGCAGAGAAUCCAGAGAAUAAAUCUAAAGGAUCCUUAAGAUUGAUUUCUUUGGAGCGAUAUACCAUAUUAUACCAGACUUUGAAGGAGAAAUAUGGCUGGGAUCUUGUCAAGAAAUGGCCAGAAAACACUGAUCCACAAAAAUUUGUUUUUGAAGAUAUUGCCAUAGCUACAUAUUUGAUUAUCCUGUGGGAAGUAGAAAGAGAGAGGAUGAAUUUAAAAGAAAAACAAAGUUUUGUUGACUUAGGAUGUGGCAAUGGUCUUUUGGUAUAUAUCCUUUGUAAAGAGGGGUACCCUGGCUCAGGCAUUGAUGUCAGAAGGAGGAGGAUUUGGGAUCUGUAUGGUCCUGAGGUACCAUUAGAGGAAAGGCCUCUAGAUCCAACAGUUGCUGGUCUAUUUCCUAAAGUGGAUUGGUUGAUUGGGAAUCAUUCUGAYGAGUUAACGCCAUGGAUACCAGUCAUGGCUGCAAGAUCAUCUUAUCAUACAAGAUACUUUGUUUUGCCUUGUUGCUUUUAUGACUUCAAUUGUAAGUAUGUUCGCAAAAACAACAAGUUAUCACAGUAUCAUGGCUACCUAGAGUUUGUCAACCAUGUUGGGAUUAGCUGUGGUUUUCAAGUAGAAGAAGACAUGUUGAGAAUACCAUCAACAAAACGAAUUUGCCAGAUAGGUCAAUCUAGAACAUACCCAGAGGAACACAAGGACAUCAUGGAAACUAAAAUCAAGAAUUUAAUAAGAGAAAGAGGUUGUGAUAUUGACUCUGGACAGCAACCACAAACAUUUCAAAUAUCAACCAAGUCUACCAAUGAUGUCCCUACCAGGGAAACUCAUGACACAUUAUCUGAAUCAGAAAAAAGUAUUGAAACUAAAGUAAAAUGUUCCAAUGAUUCAGAGGAUAUUGAUGGAGGACCUCCUUGCAAAAAACCUGUUCUUGUUUCUGAACAUUCAUCUCACAAUGCCUUCCAGCCAAGGGAGCAAAGGAUAGAAGUGAAGAAUUGCUCACAACUCAGCAAAUCACUAAAAGAAUUUAUUGUUGGUACUAUAUUACAAGCUUUAUUGAAGAAAGACCAUAAUAAUAGCUGUUGUGAAGGUGAACACAAACUAACAAGUACAGGGAAACCACUCAGAAUAUGGAGAAAAGGAGGAUCUAUAGCAUUAUCAGAAGCUGCAAAGUUGUUUGAUAAAGAUACACUAAAGAAAUUAAAAAAUGAAUGUGGUGGGAUACAAACCUUACUGCGUAACCAUCGGUUUAUAUUCAAAGGUACCAAAAUAACCAGCCAUAAUAUAUCUUUUAAACAAUAA